CGUUCGAAAACAGCCAAGCAGCCAAGCCUGGCCAGGCCGAGUCCGAAAGUAAAAGCACAUUGCAGCCGUUGUCAGUGUUUCGAAGCAAGUGUAGGUAUUGUGUGGCAACUGCCUGUACGAUUAGCAUUGACUUUCUUUUGUAGCAUCGCAUUUAGUUGUGCUUUCAAACCUCACCGCCGCAAAACGAUGGACGCCACGAAAGCGGAAAGCAUCGACUCUGACAGUAGCCUUGUCUUUCGUUCAAUCCCCAGCGGUUUCAUCCCGAGCAUCGUCGCGUCCGUCAGCAUUGAAGGUUGUAAUACCGACAUAUCCAUCAUGGAGUUUACGGACAAACUGUUUGUCGUGAUUUCCCAAUACAAGAAACUCGGAACCCUCGUGCUCAUAACAAAAGACUCUGCAAACUGCGACAACCCCCAGAAGCUUGUGUACACCACGAAAGUGCUGUUUGGAAAGGACGAGGCAGAGGUAGAUGCGACUGCCAAGCUCAUAGCAAUGACAAUCAAGUCCUCAAAGACGGUUCUCCUAAGCCUUGCCUUGAAAAAGUUCUCACCAACAAUUGUGCGAAGCAUUGCAGCAGCUGUGGCCGCUCAACUUGUGUCCUUCAAUUCUCCAGUGCACCAGAAUGUAAUACCUGGUACAAGCUAGUGACUGUGACGCUUUUGUGUACAUUAACCAUACAAGCUCUUGACAGGUGCUUGUAUGGUUGUUGGUGCGAGUGAAGAAUGUUAAUCUCCGAACAGCAGGCAAGGUCGCCGCUUCUAGCAACUAUUGUUGAGCAUUUUAACUGUAGCUCACUGGAAACUACUGUACAGAACAAGGAUUUGAUCAUGGAUGUGAAAUCAAGUGUGAUGUGCUUCAGGAAGACAAAAGAUUCAUCAUACAAUGAACAGCUUUGAAGUUAUUAUCCAUGUAGAGGAAUGUGGGCACUAGAGUGGAAGUCUUAGCCAAAUGCAACGUCUGACACAGCAGAGAAGCUGAAAAGGCAAGAAAUGAAUAGUUAUGCAGAGUUACCACGGUGAUGCGUCAGCUGAGUUUGAUGCUUAACAUUAUGGCUUGGUGUAUUGACUGGCCAAUUAAUACAGUGUUUUUUGUACUAUGCACAAUUUUUUAUGAAGACUGAGCAUGGCACACACAGUGUUCUGGCAAAGGAGUUUUAAGGCGAGGCAGACGAUUUUUGAUAUUAAUUUAAAUUUUGAAUGUUAACAAAAGAUCAUUAUCAUUUUAUUUGAACCUUGGAGGCAGUUUAUAGAGCUAAUUUGGAGGCAGUCACAUUUUAAGGCACAGCUAUUUUUUUUUCUUCUUUACUGCCAAAAUUCUUGCCCAAGUUGAGAUUAUCAUCAUUGAAUUUCUAUGCUCAAUCCAGGCAAUCUUAAAUCUGCGUGCACUAGGAGAGUUGGGAAGGCAGCCCCAUGACGAAAUGUAUGACGAAACUUGAAGGCUAAGCAGUUAGCUCGUGCUUGUAAGAUGACUUGCCAAUUCAUCUGGCAAGCAUCUGCCAUGAUGUGCCAUGAUUCAUACUUAUGCACUUCGUCAUCAGGUGUUUAUGACAUAGUAGCGGGAAUGCCUCAGUAGCAUGCUCGGUUUCGAUAUUGUUUGCAUUGAGCUUAGGAAUUUUAUAUUAACACCUUGAAUUAGGUGCAACUUUCAGGAUUAAAAAAAAAAAUUCAACUGCUUCCAAAUUUGCUAUGUAAACAUGCCCCCGAGGUUCCAUUAAUAAGUUAACGAACUUUUUUUAGUCUCGGCGGCAAUGUCUGCCUGACUUUACAAAUUCUCAGCAAAAUUGCCAUGCGUGCUGUGCUCAGUCUUCAAGAAUACACCCUAUAUAUUUAUUGACUUGUAAUAGUGCAACUACUGCAGGGAGCACCAGGUUAACGUCUCUGCAGAUGAUGGCCACAUUGUAACAGCUUUUUGGUCAAAUGACUUUGAAAAAAUUUGUACAACCUCCACUUGAAGUAAACCAUACUUUCUGCUGCAAGAGUUGUUACUGCAUAAGGGGACAGGUUGUUUAAAAAGCAUGUAGAGAAGCCGAUUUCUUGCAUAAUGACCUAAAAUGGUACAGAACACACCUUCAUAUUUGAGUGAAUCUGUAAUUGUUUUAAAAGCUACACAAUUAUCCACAGUUCAUAUGAACAUGUUGUAAGGGCAACAGCUAUGGUGUUUUAAGAUUUUCUUGUAAAAGGCAUUCUCGCAAUAAUAUGAGGCACUCUGCCUAAUUGGGUGUUGAGAUGACUUUUGAGCUUAUGUGAUGAUACAUUGAAGACUCUUAGAAUGAGUGCCAGUGUAUUUUAUUCAAGCACUGCUAGGCCAGUGUGAUGGUCCAGUGAAUUUCCUUGCAAGAACAGGUGGCUUGAUGGACUCACUGGUGCACUUGAAGCCAUCCAUGUGGUUGCACCUAAACCUACACUGCUACCUUUACCUCGCUAUUACAGUGCAUAAACAUUCCUUGGUGCGAGUUGUUUCUGCCACAUGAGCGUCAUUGGUACCGCUGGAGGCUCUGAACGUUUGCAUCCGCUUGACCAAGGUGCUUCCUGAAAGAUUAUGCUGCCACAGUUGCCUAAUGUUUUCAUGUGACCUAGGAGUGCUGGUCCUUGCUGCUGUGCAGGAAAUGCCACAUGAAUUUUACUACUCAGACAGACAUCUUUUGAUAUCAUGGUGUCCAUUGAGGUGUGCUCACCUUUACCAAGUGAGGUAGUAGGGUGUCGCAUGCAGGUAAAUGCCAUAAUUAAAAUGGUCCAUCUACCAUGCCACUUCA